AUGUCACUUUACCUGAUUGAUAUUAUUUCACAAAUUCGUGUGAAAGAUAUUAAAUUAUUUACAGAACUUUACGAAAAAAUAUUAAACGAAUUCUCAUGCAUCAUCAAACCAAAAAAUGAGAAAUUAGCGACCCUUCUACAUUAUAAAGGCUUCACAUUCGAAAACUUCCAACUUGAAAUAGAAGAAGAAAUUCUGAAUAUAUAUUCUACAGAAUCUCCUUUAUACUAUAUUGCGUGGGAUAGAGUUGAUGAUCUUAAGAGCAAAUUCCCAAAUCUUAACAUCAAUCAGAAAAUAGAUUAUACAAUCACACCACUUGAUUGUGCAAUUAAAUAUGGCUCAGAAUUGUGUUUCAAUUACUUGAAAAAUUUAGGGGCUGCAUACACUAAAGAUUCUGGAAAAUAUGCCGUUCAAGGCGGAAAUCAAAACAUUUUUAUGCAAAUGAUAGAUGAAGGUAAAUCAUUUGAUAACAUGAUUAAUACAGCAUUGGAUUAUCGAAACUAUGAAAUUGCUGAGUACCUUAAAUCAAAUUUUGGACAAACUCCUAAUUCAAUUGCAGAAAGUAUGUAUUUCGGAAGUUAUGAAGUUGUUUCGUAUUUAAUUUUUAAUGGAUGUGAUAUCAACGAAAUUUAUAAUCUCUUUCACCUGAUAUCUAUCAAUGUUAUAUGA